AUGCAAUUCUCAACCCUCUUCCUCUCAGCAGCAUCGCUGUUUCUGGCAGCAACAGCUUCUCCUACUGCGCUUAUCGAGAGACAAUCAAGCCCAACCUCUGCCCCUGUCAACACCUCUCAGCUGCAAAUCGGCGCGUGCCUCUCACUCGGACAAUGCUACUUCGACGGCAAUGAGGGAGGCUGUGCCGCGCGCGCGUGCGCGAAUGACAAUAUGCUGGGGAGUAUCUGUAGCUGUAAUACAGACGUACAGAGUGUAAUUGAUGUGCAGAAUGCCAAGGGAAGGAAGGAAUGGCCAAUCAAGUGUAUGUGA